CCAAGUGAAGAACCUCAUAAUUGCACUAUCCAUCGCUUAACUCAGCCGAGAUUCCGCUAGCUGUGAAGCGUCUCCUGCCACUGUGAAGGACUCUUCCACCAGGACAGAGAUCCUAGAGGCCACUGUCCCUCCCGGCCCCGGCCCGCAACGCCUGUCCCCUUGCUCUGAGGCCAGCGCUCAGCAGUAGCUUUAUUCUUCUUUCCUCUGGUCACAUCAUUCCUCAACCAUGUUCCAGCGUUUCACCAGCCUCUUCUUCAGUGACAGCAAUGCACCAGAGGGCCUGGAGGAGCCCAAGCCCUUUGUCUCUCAGGAGGAGGAGGAGGAUGGAUGGCUCAUAAUUGACCUUGCAGAAGGCCCCGGCCUCGACAGCAUGGAGAGCAACCCCAUGGAGGAUCUCCUCAUCGAGCACCCUAGCAUGUCCGUCUAUGUCACCAGCAACAGCCUCGUGCUGGACAGGGACAGCCCCGAGGAGACCAGUGAAGGAGAGGUGCCGGAGACGCGCCUGGAGCGCCAUGCGCCACACCACAGCACGUCCCUCACGGUGAAGGCGGCCAUCCUCGAGAAGGUGGGCCAGGCCCGGCGGGUGCAGCGCGCCAAGCAGCUGGCAGAGAGGCACCGGCUCAGCCAGAAGGCCCUGCAGCGGCAGAACCGGGCCCGCGAGCGCCCCUCGCGCCGCUUCAAGCAGCAAGGCGGGAGCUUCGUCCACCAACCCUGCCAGCGCCACUGCAACUACUAACCUCCGCCGGGAGCCACCCGGCGCCACCCCAGCAGCUCUCUGCUCCGCCUCCUCUCUCGUAACACCUCCUCCAGCCGAGGGAGGCUCCCACCUUCCUCCGCCAUAGACCUCUCUGGGGAAGAGCUG